CACACACUGUUCUAUAAAUAUGCGCAACCAGGGCUACGUACAACUUACCUAUUGCUUUUAGUUCUUGUGGGCACACUCGCUUAAGAAACAGCGUAGCAAAACAAACUAAAAUCGGCUGCCAAGCUGACAAAACAGAAAAAAGUAUUAAAUGCAUACUUCUCAUACGAAUAUCGCCAUUAAAAGGCAACUCCGCUAUCGGGGUGAUGUCAGCGGCAACAUCAGUCAUAUUGAGGUACUUCCGGCAGAAGAAGCCCACAAACUGCCAAAGGUCAAGUCGCCAACAGCUGCGGAUGACGUUGGCGUUGCAGCAAUGAGUACUCAGCACCGACUCUUUAACGCCGGCUCAGAGACUAGCACAUUUUAUGACUUCUUCAAAGUGGAAAUGACGCGCGGCUAUAUGUUAGAGCAUGACGAAGAGCGGUAUUCUGCACGCCGGCAAAAGAUUUACAGCUUCAUGCGCAUUCCGCGAGAUCUGGAGCGCUUUAUGGUCUACGGAAUAAUGCAAUGCGCUGACUCCUUCCUCUAUAUCCACACAUUUCUGCCGGUGAGAUUUUUACUAGCCGUGUGGUCACUGCUGACACGGACUGUUGCUCGGAUUCUUCGAAUGCGUGGCGGCGGUCAGCGCCUGCUGUCUCCUGCAGAGAUUUGUGAUUUGCUCAAGGGCGCCAUUUGGAUAACGGUGACAUUGAUAAUGCUGCUCGUGGACACGAAUCGCGUCUAUCACAUCAUCAAAUCGCAGUCAAUAAUCAAGUUGUAUAUAUUCUACAAUAUGCUCGAGGUGGGCGAUCGCUUGCUCUCCGCCUUUGGACAGGACACAAUUGAUGCGCUUUUCUGGACGGCUACGGAGCCAAAGAACUCAAAACGUGAGCACUUCGGCGUGCUAACACAUAUUCUCUUUACUCUUAUUUACGUGUUCCUGCACAGUGGACUCAUCAUGUUUCAGGCAACCUGUCUAAAUGUAGCCGUUAAUUCGAACAACAAGGGUCUGCUCACCAUUAUGAUAUCGAAUAAUUUUGUCGAGCUCAAGGGAUCGGUAUUCAAGAAGUUCGAUAAGAACAACCUCUUUCAGUUGACCUGCAGCGAUGUGCGCGAACGUUUCCAUUUAAGUGUGCUGCUGUUCAUUGUGAUGAUACAGACGAUGAAGGAGUUCGACUGGAGCAUCACCCAGUUCUGUGUCAUGUUGCCCGACUGCUUUGCCGUGCUCUUCACCGAAAUACUUAUUGACUGGGUGAAGCACGCGUUCAUCACGCGAUUCAACGAGCUCCCCGAAAGCAUCUAUCGGGAGUACACGACGAGCUUGGCUUACGACAUGACGCAGACGCGACAGAAGCACGCCUUCUCUGAUCACUCGGACCUCGUGGCACGGCGCAUGGGCUUUAUACCAUUCCCGCUGGCUGUGGUACUCAUCAAAGCCAUCUAUACGGCGGUGUCCUUUCACAAUUUUGCCGCCUGGCUACUCUUUCUACUCGCCUAUAUAUUCGCACUGGGUCUACGCAUUUGCUUGACUAUCUGCGCUCUAGGGAAGGCGUGCAAACUAAUGAAGGAGCAUCAGACGGAAAGGAAUACUUCCACGCCCAGCAGCAUGACCAAUGUGCCCGUGAUUGGAGCAACGCCUGCUGGCUUACCCACCUCCAAUGUGCAAUUGCUAAACAACAACAAUAAUGUCAACAGCAGCACCAACAACGGAUCUUCCUUCAAGCCAACAAAUGCGGCCACUUUACCUUUGGAGCCAGUUUUGAAUUUCUCGCGUGCCACCUCGACCUCCACACCCAUGAAGGCAUCCUGCGAACAGGAGUUGGAUGUGACCAAUUCGCUGGAGUUGGGUGCCACUGCGCUGUUCUCCAACAGCGACGUUGACCUGGAUGAUGUCUGCCUCAAUGAGCAGGUGACGAAUGUCAAUUCAAAUGCCAAUAAUCAGGAGGUCUAUCAGGAUGAGGAGCUGGCACGGAGCGAGCCGGACCUAAUGCAGCUCAGCGAUGCCGUUGGGGCUGUGGCCAGUGUUACUGCUCACCUAGACCGCGCCAAGGGGUUGCCCAAGCGCACCCACAAGCGCUCCGAGUCGGAGCCAUUUAUGGGCGUGCAGAGUCUUAACGAGAAGCAAACUACUUCAGUUUCUGGCAACGCAACGUAGCUUUAACUGAUUAGUUAAUUACUAAUUUUUAUUUUGCGUGUGCUGCUGUAAAUCGGGAUUGGAAAUUGGAUUAUGUGUAUGUAUGCCUAAGUAAAAUGAAUUUAUAUAUG